AUGGAAAAUCAGACAAUAGUUGAUGAAUUCCUUCUGCAUGGAUUCCCUGAUACUGAGGAGCUUCGGAUAUUUCAUAUCAUCAUUUUUUUAGUAAUUUAUUUGGUGGUACUCAUUGAAAACUUCAUUAUCAUCACUGUUGUUCUUUAUAGCUAUCAACUUCAUUCACCUAUGUAUUUUUUUCUAGCCAACUUAUCUUUCCAAGAUCUUGGCUCCAUCUCUGUCACAGUUCCCAAGUCCAUGAUGAAUUCCUUGAUGAACACUGAAGCUAUUUCUUAUGCUGGAUGUUUCUGUCAAGUUUUCUUCUUUGAUUUCUUUGUGAUAUCUCACCUCUUCCUUCUUGUUGUCAUGGCGUAUGAUCGUUAUAUAGCAAUUUGCAAGCCAUUACAUUAUGAAAUAGUAAUGAACAAAAGAACUUGCAUCCAAAUGGUAUUUAGUGCCUUGACUAGUGGUCUCUUUUUUUCAACACUCUAUACUGGAAAUUUACUCAGAUUGGAUUUCUGUUCCAGAAUGAUCAAUCAGUUCUUCUGUGAAAUCCCUCAGUUGCUUAAGAUCUCUUGCUCCGACUCUUAUAUUGCAGAAGAGCUGGCACUUACCUUUGGUUCUUGUGUAGGGUUUAUUCUAUUUGCUCUAAUUGUGUUUUCAUAUGUUAAGAUUUUUAGAGCUGUUUUGAAAAUCCCCACUACUCAAGGGAAGCAAAAGGCCUUCUCUACUUGUUUGCCCCAUCUUAUAGUCAUUUGUCUGUAUGUGGCAAGUGCUAGCCUUGUUUAUUUCAGUCCAGUCUCUACCUCUUCUUCUGAAUUAGAUCCAUUUAUCUCAAUAUUUUACUGUGUGGUACCACCAAUCAUGAAUCCACUGAUUUACAGCAUGAGGAAUAGUGAACUCAAAAUGGCCUUCUGGAAGCUAAUUCUCCAUGUUUGUCCACAUUUCUUAUGCAAAAAUCAUUUUCAGAUUCAGCUACCCUGA